CCAUUGUUCAUGCUGCGUCCAUCUCCGUAUAUAAAUGCAUUUCCUCCAGGCCAUCCCCUCUCGUGUUCCCCUUCCUUUCCUCACCCACACUCACUCAUUCACUACCGACCCAGACUUUUUAGUCGCUUUCAUUCGUUAACCCAACGCAAACUAAUCGUCAACUCGCAAACAACCGCUCUUCCGAGUCUUAAUAAUACCAAAAACCCAUCCAUCCCAAAACAAACACCAAAUCCGUCAAAAUGAAGUUCUCCGCUGCCGCCCUUGUCCUCGCCGCCACCGGCGCCCUGGCUCACAAGAACGUCACCUACGUCACUGAGGUCGUCUCUUCCUACACCACCUACUGCCCUGCCGCUACUGUCAUCACCCACGGUGACAAGACCUACACCGUCACCUCGGCCACCACCCUGACCAUCACUGACUGCCCCUGCACUGUCACCAAGCCAGUCAUCACCUCCGCCGUGGUCAAGUGCGACAACUGCGCCGCUCCCACCAAGAACGGCACCGUCCCCAUCGCCACUCCCGUCAUCAGCAAGCCCACUAUCCCCGCCACCGGUGCCAUCACCCCCACCAAGCCCGUUUCGGUCCCUACCGCCGGUGCUGGCAAGGCCGCUGCCCUCUCCGGUGCCGGUCUGGCCGGUGUCCUCGGUAUCGCCGCUUUUGUCCUCUAAAUCAAUCACCUUCA